AUGGGAGUAACGUUCGCCGACUUUGCUUCUGGGAUAUCUGAGAUGAUCGAUCCGACUCACACCGCUCCGACUCUGGGUUCGAUAUCACCAUCUUCCGUAGAGACGGAAGCGAAGGCUUCUUCCUUCUUUCUACCCGACACAAACGACGAAGACGAGGUGCUUUUGGACAAUGACUCUGGCAAGGGGUCCUCACUGGAGACCGCUUCCGAUUUUCUAGAUGAUGCACCCAAAGCUGCAAGUCUAUCACCUCCAUCCACAUCGCACAAAGAACAAGGCCCUACUGUAGACACCAGCGUCACAAAGCGCGUUAGUCGCAAGAAGAGACGUAGAGAAGUCUCACCUCAUCUGAUGUCAAACAACUCGCCCACAUAUUCUACCACAUCGUUCGCUACCAGCCUGGUUCGUUCGACAAACAACGCUUUACUGACGGAUGGCUUACUGAAGAUUUACCACAGCAGCUUCGAGAACGCACUUUCUUGCUGGGUGACGGAACGUACUUGUCCAUACAACAAGAAAACUGAUGUAGCACGAAUCAGCGAAGCCCGACCAAACUGGAAUCGCAUCUACCACCACGUUUUCCGCCUUGAUAGACUCGCAGCGAACGUUAGGGGCCGACAGCUCACAUUUGCUGAGGACCAAGCCGCGGCGAAGGCGCUUAAUUUCGCUAUUUAUGCAUUCGCAACCCAAUGGGCACAGUCUAGCAAGAGGUGCAAUUCAAGCUAUCCCUUCGACGUUGCCGAAUCUCGUGAGAAAAGUGCACAGGGCGACAGUGUUGGAUGUCCCGAGCCAGAGUUUGAUCGUGUUCUGCAGAUCAAUGCCUGGAACGAAGCUCAUAAUGCGCUGCACGCUGCUGGUGACAUCGAGUCUUUCCGAGUCGUGCUCGCACAAAUCGUGUUUGCCUUGACGCAGAAGCCGGCACAGAAUGACUCAGCAGAGCAGGGGAUAGAUGUAAGCGAUCUAAAAAAGGAGAAGGCGGAUGUAGACAAAGAGAUGGAUGUGUGUGAAGACUUGCUAUCCAAGCUUGAUCUCGCCAUUGCCGACGGGCCACCAACGCAUCUCGAGCAAGGUAAGCCGCACGCGUGCAAACUACACAUGAAACAGCCCUAA